AAUACGAAUCAAUUGUCAGUAGUCUAUCCUGUCGCAACUCAAAGCAAAAGACAAAAAAAAUAAAACUGUUUUUUGUCGUCUUUUUUUUUCAUCUGUCAUUUUGACACUGAUUCGCGUUUUGCAAACAAAAAAAAAUCUUGAUCAAUUUUUAUCGUCAAAUAUCGUAAUCAAUUUUUAGUGUAGAAUGGAGAUACGUGGGGUGAAUGUGGGAGUCGACGUGGUUCGUUUGGACGCCGAGGCGAUAAAUGAUCACCUGCGUUCUUCUACCGCGGUGUUGCACGAUAUGCUGCGAGACAGUUCGCCUGCCACGACCCAUCAGUUCGAAUGCCAUGAAUGCGGCAAAGUAUAUAAGAAUGCCACCACGCUCUUAAAGCAUUCUCAACUGAAGCAUCCGCAGGAGAAGGUCGACGUGCAAUGUUCUCUUUGCGAGAAGAAGUACUCUUCGGAAGUGAGCCUGCAGAAGCACAUACGUUACAAGCAUCAAUUUCAAUGUAAGGCGUGUUACAAGUCGUUCGCAACCGUCGACCUGCUCAACUCCCAUGCGGAACACUGCUUCAAAAAUGAACAGCCGUGCACGAUUUGCGGCAAGGUGUUCGAUUGUGAGCUGUCUCUUCGCAAUCAUAUAAGAUACAAGCAUCCUUUGGUGAAGAAUAACUGGUGUGAAAUCUGUCGGAGAGCCUUUACAACGAAACGCGGCUUGGGUAACCACAUGGCUACGAUUCACCCGCCGGGGACGGCUUGUACUUUGUGUAAGGACGGGAAAAAUUUCAGUUCGGUGGCGGCGUUGCAGAGCCACAUUCUGUAUAAGCACACGGAAAACAGCGCCCGAUGUACCGUGUGCCGCAAGGUCUUCACAUCCCAGAGUAGUCUCUCUCGACAUCGUUUGAAGAACCACAAAAGUUUCAGCUGUGACGUGUGUUUAGAAUUGUUCGAUGUGGGGGCCGACCUUAUUCGCCACGUCUUGGACCAUCAUCCAACUUAUAGCGGUGCCGCCAUUUGAUAUUUUCACAAGUAUUAAUUGUUAUUAAAUAUAUCUCAAAUAA